GGCGGCGGCGGAGCGGGCAGCGAGCGCGGGGCCGCGCCGGGGCCGGGGCCGGGGCGGGCGGCGGGGCCCGCCGGGCGGCCGGCGCCAUGGGCACGGUGCUGUCGCUGUCGCCGAGCUACCGGAAGGCCCCGCUGUUCGAGGAGGGGGCGGCCACGGUGGGGCACUACACGGCGGUGCAGAACAGCAAGAACGCCAAGGAGAAGGGCCUGAAGCGGCAUUCGCUGAUCUCGGUGCUGCCCUGGAAGCGCAUCGCCGCCGUCUCCGCCAAGAAGAAGAGCUCCAAGAAGGUGCAGCCCAACGGCGGCUACCAGAGCAACGUCACCCACCUCAACAACGAGAACCUGAAGAAGUCCCUCUCCUGCGCCAACCUCGCCACCUUCGCCCCCCCGCCGCCCCCCGCCGCCGCCGCCGCCGCCCUCGCCUCGGCCCAGAAGGCUCCGCCGGCCGCGCCCGCCGCCGCCGCCGCGACCCCGCGGCGAGUGGUGGUCCAGGCGUCCACCAGCGAGCUGCUGCGCUGCCUGGGCGAGUUCCUCUGCCGCCGCUGCUACCGGCUGAAGCAUCUCUCGCCCACCGACCCCGUCCUCUGGCUGCGCUCCGUGGACCGCUCGCUGCUGCUGCAGGGCUGGCAGGACCAGGGCUUCAUCACGCCGGCCAACGUGGUCUUCCUCUACAUGCUGUGCCGGGAUGUCAUCUCGGCCGAGGUGGCCAGCGACCACGAACUGCAGGCAGUGCUGCUCACCUGCCUGUACCUCUCCUACUCCUACAUGGGCAACGAGAUCUCCUACCCGCUCAAGCCCUUCCUGGUGGAGAGCUGUAAGGAGGCCUUCUGGGACCGCUGCCUCUCCAUCAUCGACCUCAUGAGCCCCAAGAUGCUGCAGGUCAACGCCGACCCGCACUACUUCACCCAGGUCUUCGCCGACCUCAAGAAGGAAAGCGGCGCCGAGGAGAAGGGGCGGCUGCUCAUCGGCCUCGACCGGUGAGCGCCCCCCCCCCCCCGCCCCGCCCCCCCCUCCCCGGCCUCCGCCGGGCACCGGGGGACGCUCCCGGUUCCCCCCCCCCGGGCCCGCCCGGACACGCGUCGCUCGCCCCGGCCCGGCUCGGAGCCGCUUCCCGGGGGAUUUUUCCAGGCGGGGAAUAAGCGGGAGCCCUGGGAGAAGGGAGGAAAGUGGGGGGGCACGGGGAGGAGGAUGCGGGGGCGGGGGCGGGGGGGGGGGGUGUCGUCUGCCGCCGAACCGGAGCGCAGACCCCCCCGGUUCCCCCCCCCCCCCACCGUGUUUCCAGCCGUCGCCCCCUCCCCGCCCUGCGGCCCCGGGGACGCUGCGGCUCCGCCACCGGGUGGAUUUCGGCGGAUCGGGGGGAAGGAGGGGGAAGGGGGGGAACCCCCCCCAAACCGACACCUUCCCCCCACCCCCAGCAUCCCCCCCCCCCCCCCAUCAUCCCCCCCCCAGGGCCCCGCGGCGGGGGGAGCGGAGCGGGGCUCCGCGGGGGCCGCUCACCGCAUCACCGGGACAAAGAGCAGGUUUUGGGGGGGGGAGGGGGGAGGGGGGCGCGGAGUGUGUGUGUGGGGGGGCGUAAGGAGGAAAAAAACCACACAAAAAAAGAAAAGGAAAAAACAAAAUGCGCUAAAGGCUUCACCGGAGGCGGCUGAACGGGCCCGAGCGUGACUCACCGGCGGCGGAGCAGCCGGUAACGGGACAGAGACGCGGCUCGGCCCGGGGACCCCCGCCCCCCCCCCACCCCCAACCCCGAAACACCCCCCCCCCCCCCCCGCCUCAUCCCGUCCCUUUAUUUAUUUUUCUUGGAAGAGACUGGAAUUAUUUCCCGAGCGGGUCGGGGUUGAGGGAAACAACCGCUACUGUAUCAUGACAUCCCUGUGAAAUGUCUUGUUCCCAUCGUGCACUGACCAUGAGUGUUGUGUAAAGGAUCUACUUGAGUGUGCAAAGCAAAGGAAAGAAUCUACAUGCUGCUAUAUGAAUACUUUUAGAACAAAAAAGAAACAAAACAAACAAAAAAAAAAAAAACAAAAACACAAAAAAGGAGAAAAAAAAAAAAACCACCACGAAAAACAAACUUACUAACCUAUGGGGGGGGAGAAGGAAAAAAAAAAAACCACAAGAAAAAGAAAAAAAAAAACCUUUCUUUAUUCUUUCAUUGUUGCUUUUACAGUGGUAUUGCGCAUGCAAACAGGAGCAUUUUUGUGUCUUUCAAAAAAAAAACAAAAAAAGGAGAAAAAAACACAUUAAAAAAAAUAAUAAUCAAAAGAAAAAAACCUUAACGAGAGAUGGCUGUAAAAAAAAAAAAAAAUAAAAAUAAAAAUGACACCCAUGCACAAAGACCCGACACCACCCCGGUACCGCAGUCUUGAGCUGGUUUUCCCUUGUCAGGCCUGGGGACUGCUCAGGUUUUGGGUUUUUAUUUUUUGAUUGUUUUUUUUCUCCGUGUGCACCGUUCUAGUUUAGUUCCGGGCCAUCGGGCGUUAAACUUGCCGACGAGAGGGAGAAAUAACGUGCCAUUUCUUUUUAUUUUAUUUUAUUUUAUUUUUUAAUUUUUCACUUGAAGCUCUUCAUCGCUGUACAGUGGGACCCUGCUAAUGAUACACGUGUAUGUACGUUUGGUUUGUUUUUUUUUUUUUUUUUUUUAGUGCAAUCUCUUCUGUAGAUCUUUGUUGACCAAAAUUGGUGGGUAUUGUUACUUAUUAAUUUAUAUUUGUCUCAUUUUGUAUGUGUGUGUGUAGUGUGUUUGUAAGUAUGUGUGGUUUAUAACCUGACCGACUGUGUCAUGGGGCUCAGUGUGCCUGUAAUUUAAUCCCCUCCCCUUAUUUUUAUUUAUUUUUGUACUGUGCUGAUUAAAUAAAAAUGCACUGACCAUCCAUUACACGGCA